GUUUGGAAUUCUGAAGUUGAAAUGAAUUUAGCGAGGCUUGAGGCAGUGCUCAGCAGCCAGUUUUGUCUCACUAGGCCCACAUCUGAAGCUAUCGAACGACACAAGUUUUUUCUGCACUCUCAAGAGACAAACAAACCCCAAAAGAUGGCUUCUACCAACUCCAAUACCUGGAAAAGAACCAUGCCCGACGAGCUGGACAACUUCCCAGAGGAGGUGCUUGAUCCCAAUUUCUUGAAGAAAGAGCAAUUCCAGUUCUGCAAGGACAUCUUGAAAUUCGCUUGGUGGCAGUCCACCUUCCGUCUAAGAGAUUUCAUUAAGUUUGAUCAAACCUUCAUUUCGACAAAUUGUUUUUGGGCGACGGAAGAUGAGAAAAAGAUGAAGGACAAAGCUGCUAAACUACUUCAAAUGGCCCAAGCAGCCGCCGAAGGAAAAGGGGUUGGAAAUAAAAGCACCCAAAGAAUUUGCGGACGAUUGAAAUCCAUGUUGGAAAAGGCUAGAAAGCAUUACGAAAAAAAGGAGGAGGACAUGAAGGACGAGAUGAGCCAUUCGGAGGACGAUGAGUUGGGCGAGGAGGAGGAGGCCGAUGAGGGUGGGAAGUCGGAGGAAGAGGUCACCGACGAGGUCAAAGAUGAUGAGGAGCUUGAAGAGGAGGACGAUGACGAGAGUGACGUUGAAGAGAACAUUGAGCCGGCCGACCUCUCCUAUGAGCAUGACUUUGUAUUCGUGCACGGCGGACCGCCAAUUUUUUUGACACCCGAAACAGAGCCUCUCGUCGAGCUUCCCGAGCCUGAUUUGACACCAAGAGAAGUGUCCGAUGUGUCCAACAAUCAACAAUAUAUAAGCAACGACGGCUGGUUCUGGAGCGAGGAGAAUGGCAUCUGGGUCUUUAUUAACAAUCGCUGCGUUUACAGCACAAUCUUCAACGUCAUCAUCGCUCUUAUCCGGAAGGGCCAAGGAGAGUGGGCAAAAUCAAUAGCAAGGGAACAAAGCCUGUUGGAUUUCCGUCAGUUCCUGGCGUUGGCAGUCCAACCAAACAAUAAUGGAUACAUCAGCCGUCAGCUCCAAUACCAUUCACUCCGCCUAGUGCAAAUCUGCAAGGAGGCUGACGAAGGCCUUGCGUUGGUGCACGGUGAAGCUACAGUGUCAGAGGUAAUGACGCAAUUCAAGUGGAAAGCUGGAGAGGUAGUGGAGCACUGCGACAAGUGCCAUAUUUUCAGCAAAACAGCACUCCACUUUAUCACCCUCUCACAACUGGAAGAACUUCGAGUUGGAAAUGAGCCAAAAGUCCCUGCCUGCCCUCGGUGCAACGGAAAACGGACGUCCCGUAUGAGAGUUAACAAGCUCGGCUUUCCGGUGACCAUCCCCCUAAGAGACGGUGAUCCAAUCCCGCUUGCCAACAUCUUCCAGGAGCCAAUUAUGACAGACAAAGUGUGGGUUGGAGGGAGCGAGUACCAAGUUCGUGCCGCAGUUGUCACCUACGCUGUUGAAAACGUCAGAAAUUGUGUGACCGUAAUGCCGCCUCAAACAAGCCGAUACAACAACCCGGAUUUGUGGUCCGUUUUGGAUUCCAAUGUUCCCAAGAAGCCGCAAUCCUUCAACAACUACGCUGCUGAAUCAGGAAGACCAAAUCUGGUUUUCUUCCUUCCAAUCCUACCAUGAGCCUCUUUCUUGUGAAAUUUUCCCCCCAGACUGCUCUCAGCUUAACUUAAAGAAAAAGAUGAUAAUUUUUACCUUUUAAAUUUCAAGUCCCUCUGAUUCUACUUUUAAACAAAGAAGUGUUAAUUUUUUAUAUGUUCGAUAAGACUAGUGUGUUUCUUAUAAUAUGACUUACUUGCACCAAUUUUUAAAACAUAAAACUUGCAAUCAAUGGUUCUCUCCAUCAACCCAGUAAAUGUGUCCCUACGAUUUUACAUACGAAUAACUCUCAAAAUAAUAAUAAUAAAAAAUACUUUGAUCCUCAUGCGCAUAAUUUUAAUAUUAAACUCGCCCUAAUAUCAUUCAACGUGGUUGGACUCUCACUUCUUCGAGUUUGGCUUCUUUCCCAGAGACUUUGCCUGGAUUUAAAGGAUUUGUGAGAUAUUUAAGGAUAAGCCUGAAGUCACAUGGAAGUUAGAUUUAAGGGAUGAAGUACUUUAAGGGCUGAAAUGGAUAUUAACUUAAAAAAAGGGAAAUCAAUUAAAGAAUAAUAAAUUCAGUCUCCAUUCUACGGCGGCGCUCAAUUUUUUCAAUAAUGAAACUUAGACAAAUAGAAAAUAAUGCAAAUGGUACAAAAUUUUGUGAUCAAAUCGAUAAAAUAUAAAAAAGACAAAAAAGUCUAAAGAUACGAAGCUUGAGAUGCAACGCCUAUCUGCAACAGAGUUUGUGAUAAGUGACGAGGACAAAAACCAAAAUCAACGGCGGAUGGGGUCUUUAUUUAUCUGGGAAGUUUUAUCAAAAAUUGCGCUAGUGGUGGUGCCAUUUUAUCAAUUAAUUCCCUUUUUUCUUCAAAUAAAUUGUUUUCAACAAUUGAAAGUAAACAAUGUGAUCUAACAAUUUGAACAAAUAAACCGUAAUAUAUAAUUCCACUGCUUUGGAAUUUUUAAUUAUUGUAUGUUUUUAAA